CACCAAAGUGUAUUCUAAGGGUCAUGAAUACGUACUCGAGCGUGGACGGGGUCAACAUUCUUCACGUAAAGAGUCAUCUCCAGAAGUACAGGCUAGUCAAAGAUCUUCCACCCAGCCCCGUUGCAAAACAGCAGCAAUCUAAGCAAUGUUCGCUGGAGCUCCCAUCAUUGAACGUAGAAACUGGGCUGCAGAUCACCGAGACACUGCGCUUGCAGCUCGAAGUCCAAAAGCAACUCCACGAACAGCUCGAGAUUCAAAGAGAUUUGCAGAAGAAGAUCGAGGACCACGGAAGAUAUCUCGAGAGAAUGUACAGCAAGACGGAGGAGGCGACGCGAUCGUGUCACAAGAAUUCGGACGAGCCCUCGCCCGGUCCUCAAGAACAAGAACAGCGCAAACACCAUCAAACUUGCGACGAUCAGAUCCACCAAGCCUCGGGUACCACGACGAGCACGGCCGAUUCGUUCCAGCCGCCACUCAAGAAAUUAAAACCAUCGCAAGAACAGGAGGAGCUCCAACCCGUGGGAGACGAGGACGUCGAUUUUUCCGAACUCUGGAAGUUCACAUGAAGAAAAAAUAUUUUGUCAGGAAUGGGAA